UGUGCAAACCCCCCGCUGCCUCCCCGCAAAUCUUCUCUCACCUCGCCCCUCGUUCAGUGGUUAAUGCGGAGCCGUGACGUCAUCUGAGCCUCUCUCUCACCUCCUUCCUGCUGCAUCAUCACAGCCGCUCGUAGCCCGGAGUCGCCCUCCUGUUAUUUGCAGUGACCAGGAGACGGAAUAAUCAGAGCCAAUUACCAUAAUAACAACCGUAACAUUCAUACCAACAUCAUCGCAGCAACAGAAACCCCAUUACGGCAGAAAUUACGCUCGGAAACCGCUGGGAGAUGGCCAGGCAAGAACAGGUCCUGCUUCUAGAGCCACAGCACGAACUGAAAUUCCGAGGUCCGUUUACAGAUGUCGUCACCACCACCCUGAAGCUUGCCAACCCAACCGACAGGAAUGUGUGUUUUAAAGUCAAGACGACCGCGCCGCGCCGGUACUGUGUUCGGCCAAACAGCGGCGUCAUCGAUGCAGGAACUUCAAUCAAUGUCUCCGUAAUGCUGCAGCCGUUCGACUACGACCCCAACGAGAAGAGCAAACACAAAUUCAUGGUGCAGUCCCUGCUGGCUCCGCCCGAGAUGACCGACAUGGAGGGAGUGUGGAAGGAAGCCAAGCCGGAGGACCUGAUGGACUCCAAGCUGAGGUGCGUCUUCGAGAUGCCGGCGGAGAACGAUAAAACGGUGAGCAGGCCGCCCUACCACAUGAUCCAAGAAAGUCCAUCUCAGCCUCCUGAAUACAGGAGUACAGCUGUUAUGAAGUCAAGGCCCGCGUGCAGGGAUUGGAGGUUCACGCGCAAUACAGGGGAAGAAAACAGACAGAUCAGGGAAGAAGAUGGCCUUCGGAUGAGGAAGACCACGGCCAUGUCCACCCAGCACUCCUCUUCCUCAUCCGCCACGGGGGCCACAGCGAGGGAGGAGGGGGCCAGCCCCCGCAUGCUCGCCCUCAUCCUGCUCUUCUUCAUCAUCGGAGUCAUCGUGGGGAAGCUGGUCUUGUAGAAAACGGAGUCGACCGCAUGCUUUGUGGAUGAAACGAAACUAAAACAAAAACAAAGCAAGAAAAAUAAAAAUAAAACCGAUCUGGAAAUUUUGAUCAGAAUGUCAUAUCACUGGGGUGGUUCUGCGAAGUUAACUGAUGUAAAAUAAAUUAGAAGAAAACAAUCCAUUAUUUAAUGAAAUUAUAAUGAAAAAGGGAAAAAAAAAAAGUCACGGGUCUUGCUUAUUAAUUACUACAUAGCCGUUUAGCCCCUUUCUUCCUGAGUUGCAGACAUGUGAGAGCACAAGGGGAGAGCCAGCGUGUAUUUAAUAAAAUGUAAUCAAUCGACGCCUCAAAACGUUUCAGAGGGCAGAGAUUCAGAGUGACUGAUCCUCACGUUCAGCCAGCAUCGCGUGAGUCUGGCUUUAACCGGUCCUUAUUUUCUAAGCGAGGCUUCCGGAAACCGCGCGGGGUCUCUGGGAAUCCACCGCCGCUCUACGAGGCGGUCGCGCGUUCACACUACUUUUCACGGCUGCUGUCCUUUAAGAAUUAAAAAAAAAAGAGGUAUAAUAAAGGUUGACUCAUCCCAAGAAUCAUUUGAAAGCAGGUGAGGGGGGUGUGGUGGUUGUAGUGUAGGGGGAUUUUGUUGUGGUGACUGAGUCAGCCAAUCAGAGGGCUUGUGCAGGUGGGGCUUCUCUGUACAUGUGAGCGGCAGUCUGCAGUGCUGUGGUGCACCACUUUAUUUACAUACCUUUCUGUUUUCCUUCUAUGAGGCAGUAAUGGCUGCUUAGGAAGGCCUAACCAGGAGGGGGUGGCUGUUUUAAUUUUAUUUUCAAAACUUGUUUUUGUGACUUAAUUUUAGUGCUUCCCCUUUUAGGAUUUUGCAGAACGGUUGCAUUACUGCUAUGUGUGUUUUUUAUUAUUUAAUUUCUCUGCUUUGUUUUUAGAACUUGACAAUGCGUCUUUAAAUGGCUACGUGCUACACCGCUACUAUUGUUCUGGUUAAACAGUUUAAACAAACACCCGGUUCCCAGAAGUACACCUCCGGCCUUGCGACCUAUAUUUGUAAAUUACUCUGUGAGGGAGAGGGAAGGUUUUAAUGUUCCAGGGUUGCAUGCAAAAUCUCUCUUUGGGACGGGGGGAGGAGGUAACUCAGUAACGUGGGCAUUGCUGCUGUUAAAAACCCGGCUCUGUACGGACCGCCUGGGAUGCAGCCUUGCCUGCGUUCUUCAGAAAAUAAUAACCAUAAUUGCAGAUAAUCUCAGACACACAGCCAUCUCCUCUUAUUCUCUGGCCAGUGAAAGCCAGCGGUUCACUUCCUGUCUUCGUAGUUUCCUAACGAAAUAUCGAUUGGAAUAAUGUCACACAACAUGCUUGGCGUCCAUUUUGCAUCUCAGCGCGGAGGCCAGUCACCCCCCCCCAGCCCUGCGCGUGGUUUUAAUCCAUGCCCCCGCAUCACCGGGCCCCUGGUGCUGGAAAUGCAGCCCUGCGUCUGCAUUUGCAUCCCCUUCACCAAGCAAACCAGUGCUCUUAUAAACCAGAGUUUAUAACAGUUUUUUAAAUGUUCUCCGUAUGAAUUAGGGUUUCCCGUAUGAUCCAGCCAUGUUCAAAUAGAGUAGGCUUUUCAGUGUUCGAGUCAGGAGCUUAACCCUCGAAAUAUACUCCUCCAAACAGGGACCAUUUCACGACUAGAUUUAUAUCAUUUCUCUUUGUUUUGGUUUUUGUUUGUUUUUCGUUGUUAGUCUCUUUUUUUGUUUGUUUUUUUACUAAAGGGAGAUAUCUGAAUUACCAUGCACACCAGUUAUUAUUUAAUCUCACUGUUGCGUGUAAUUGAGAACUUGCAAAUAUUUGUGGGGGGUGGGGGGGGGGCAGGGAAGGGGAGGGGCCAGGCAGCAGGGACACAACCUGUCUAUAUGAGGUGAAGGGAGGACUUGCUGCUGGAAGCUGAAGGGGAUUGUGGGAUUGUGGGGAUGGGCUGUCGACUCUCAACAGAGCUACACUGGAGCGUCAGCCCCUCCCCUUGACGUAACCACAGCAGUCGGGCAACUGUUUUGUAUGUAUAUAAAUAAAUAACAGUCUAUCUAAGAAAUGAAUAUUCCUAGUAAAGUAGUCUAUGGUAUAAAAAACCAACCUUGUUGGACUAUGUAGCAUCUUAAUAAAUUAAGUUAAUAAAGCCCCAAAAUUGA